UCGCUCGCUCUGUCCCUUCAUGGCAACAAAGUUGCGGCGCGAGUGAGCGGGGCCGCAGCCCCCUGCCCCGCCCGGGCCCCGGGGGAGCUCGGCCCGGCCCCGGCCCCGGCUCCGGUCAAGGUCAUCUCGUGGAUCUACCCGCGCUCCGCCGCCGCCGCCGCCUGUGGAUUAUCGCCGCCCGGAGCCGAGGCUGAGCGCGGGGCUUUUCUUCUUCUUCUGUUUUUGUCACUCCCUCCCGAGGGCGGGGAGGCGGGGGUGGGUUUCCCCUCCCCCCUCCUUUUUUUCCCCUCGCUCCUCGAUUUUUUUUUAAAAAUUAUUUUAUUAUUAUAUUAUUAUUUUUAAUUUUUUUGGGGGGUGUUGGGGUGCGUGUGUGGACAUGGAUGGGAAAAUCCGGCAGAGCCGCAGGUCCCGGUCCCAGCGGGACCGCGUGAGGCGGCGGGAAGCGGCCGCCCGGGACCCCCGGCACCACAGCCCGUCGUCGGGCUCCGAGAAGGAGCCGAGCCCCGGCAAGGAAAACACCAGUCACAACUGCCCGCAUCCCAAAAGCCAGGCGUCCACGGCGAGAAAUGCCCGGCCUCCCCGGCGCCGGAGACGGGAAUCCAGCUCCCAAGAAGAGGAUUUAAUUGACGGCUUUGCUAUCGCCAGUUUCAACACCCUGGAAGCCUUGGAGAAGGACAUGUCAUUAAAGCCUCAGGAGCGAAAGGAGAAAUGGGAGCGGCAUCCAGGAAAGAAACCUCGGGAAUCCGAAAACUGCGUGUCUGCUGAGCCAAGUGAAAAUGGUCACAACAACGAUGCCGGGAGCUCAGAGAGAGAGACAGAACGAGGCAAAGAGAGGGUGAAGAAGAAACUUCCCUUGAAGAUAUCCAAACAGAUGAAGGUCCCUACGAGCAGAAGUGGCAGAAAUAGUGAGGAGGACAGCAUAAGGGAGGCCACAAGCUCUCAGCGGAGCAGCUCAAGGGACCGUCUCAGUGAUAGUUCUGCUCAGUCAUUUUCAGGAAGAGGCUAUUCCUGUGACAGCGAGAGUGAUAUUGACGAUAAGACCUCAACGGAACUGGAGCUGACUCGUAUCAGGAGUGGCUUGAUAACAAGCAAGGCUUCUAUAGGCUCUGAGAAGCUGUUCUCCCCUGCAGCAAAUAAAGGUCCAACCUUGAAUGACAAACCUGAGGUGAAGGCAGCAAGUGUCCCAAAGGUAUCAGGGCUAGAGCGCAGCCAAGAGCUGAGCACCGACGUGCCCUUCGUGCUGCCUAUUCCCAGCCCUCAGCCAGCUGCUGCUGUUGUGACUUCCACUUCUUCAGCGCCCACGUCAAGCGCCAGAGCAAGCCCGCUGUUGAAGAAGGAGCCGGUAAUCUCCGCACCAGCACCACCAAGGCUCACACCUCAACCACAACCUCGACCACAGUCACAACCUCAGCCUCGGCCACAAUCUCAGCCUCAGCUGAUACCUGAGCUCCGCACCCAGCCUCAGAGUCACAUCCCUCCCCCUCUUGGCUACCAAGUUCAUCACCAGGCCCCCAACGGACUCAAUAAUAUCAGCAGGAGCAGCAGUGCCAGCAGCGCAACAAGCAUCAGCCUCCCCAAACACCUUCCUCAUUCCCCGCAGAUCCCACCUCACCAUUCUUCUGGUCCAGCCCUGCCCCUCUCCAUCCCUAAUCUUGCUACCUCGCACUUCUCACUCAGAUCACAGACCCAACACCAGCACCAUACGGCCAUGUUCGCCACCCCACCCACGCUGCCACCUCCACCAGCGUUACCCACCAACAGCCUUGUGAUACCAGGUCAUCCGGCAGAUCACGAGCUGCUCAGACAAGAGCUGAACAACCGGUUUUUGGUUCAGAGUUCGGACCGGGCCACUGCCUCUCUUGGCCCGGUGCCGCUGCUGAGAGCGGAGUUUCACCAGCACCAACACACGCAUCAGCACCAACACACCCACCAGCACACAUUCACUCCUUUUCCAUCCAGCUUACCCCAGACGCCGCUCAUGCCGCCCUCUGCACCUCCCAUGGUGCGUACCCCAGCCCAAAAUUUUGACAAGUACGGCCCCAAAUUAGACAACCCUUACUUUCGACAUUCCAACUUCUUUCCAACCUAUCCUCCAGCAAUGCCUGGAAUGCCACCCAUGCUUCCACAUUCAGGUCCCUUUGGGUCGCUUCAGGGAGCAUUUCAACCGAAGACUUCAAACCCAAUUGAUGUAGCAGGCAGACCAGGCACAGUCCACCAUACUCUCUUACAGAAGACUCCAGGGGUAUCAGACCCCUAUAGGCCUCCAGUAAGAAAGCCUGGGAAGUGGUGUGCAGUUCAUGUACAGAUUGCCUGGCAGAUCUACCAUCACCAGCAGAAGAUAAAGCAAAUGCAGCUGGAUCCCCACAAGCUAGAGAUAGGCGGUAAACUUGACCUGUUCAGCAGACCUCCUGCCCCUGGAGUGUUCCCAGGAUUCCACUAUCCACAAGACCUUGCCAGGCCUCUCUUUUCCACCACAGGUGCUGCACAUCCGGCCACCACUCCUUUUGGGCCUUCACCUCAUCACAGCAGCUUCCUGCCUACUAGCCACUUGGCAGGUAAGUAUCCAUUUAGCAGGUCAAGCACCUUCAGCGGCCUUGGGAACUUAGGCAGCAAUGCCUUUGGAGGAUUAGGCAGUCAUGCUCUGACUCACAACAACAUAUUUGCUCACAAAGAGGGUCCAAACCUGCAGAACUUUAACAAUCCCCAUGAGCCAUGGAAUAGGCUCCAUCGAACCCCACCUUCCUUCCCAACACCUCCGCAGUGGCCCAAGCCAGGGGAUUCUGAGCGAAGUUCCUCUGUAACAAACCAUGAGAGAGACCGAGAACGGGAGCCAGAGAAGAGGGACCUUUCACUGAGUAAAGACGACAGAGAAAAAGACAGAGAUCUCAUGGAUAAAAACAGACAUUCAAACAGAUCUUCACCGGCAUCCGCUCCAGUGACCCAUCAGAUCAGCAACCUCAUCCGCAGCAACAGCCAGACCUCCAGCGAUCCCAUCAGGCAGGUUAGCAUCGGUGAAAGAGACAGGACAAAAGAACCAGAGAGAGAACACACUGACCGGCUGAGGGAGCCAUCCAUCACAGAACACAAGAUAAAAGAGAGCCGUUCCCCAGUGAAGGAAACUCCAAGCCAUGAUAAGAGACCCUCAGAGGACAACACAAAGCCAGUAAUUCAGUCUGUAUCUCCUUACAGCAAACCUGCACUAAGUGAGAGCUUGAAACUUAGCAAUUUAAUGAACAAAGAUAUGGAUAGAAAGACGGAGCUUUCAAGCGACCUCCAGAAGAUGAAGAAUGACAUUAAGGUCAAAGAGGAGCGGAAGGAAGACAGCGAUGUCCUGGUGGUGGGAUCUGAACCAUCCCAGCACUCCAGAACGGUGGAGCAUCCCCCACCACCUUCUUUGCACGGUUUAUCAUUGCCCCACUCUAUGGCUGCCACUAUGCCUAUCUCCAUGGGCAGCGUCCACCAGAUGAACAACAUGAAUGUUUUGGACCGCAGCAGAAUGAUGACACCUCUCAUGGGUAUGAAUCCUUUGUCAGGAAGGGAGAGACUGCCACACCCUGGAUUUUCUUGGGACCCAAUAAGGGACCCCUUGCGAGAUGCCUAUCGGAGCUUAGACCUGCACCGUCGAAUGGACUUUCAGCUCCGGACAGACCCCAUCCAUAGGUUCCCCGCCACCUCUGGGUUUUAUGACCACGAGCGUUCUUACAGAGACAGGGAACCGCAUGACUAUAACCAUGAAAACCUUCUAGAAGCCCGCCGAGAACAGGAGCGGUUGCGGCAAGUGGAGGAGAGGGAGCGCUUGCACUUACGGGAAGAACUUGAGCGUGCCAGAAUGCACCACUUGCACUCAUCCCCUAUUGAAAGUCAUCUGGCACAUGUGCCAUCCUUCAUGCCUCAUUUAAGUGGGAUGCAUUACCCCAGACUCAGUCCAUCCACUGCCAUGCACAAUGGAAUUUUAAAUAGGAAUCCACCAACUGCAGCAUUGAGUGCCCCACCCCCUUUGGUACCAGCAAGCAGCACUAGACCUGCCUCCCCACGCAGGACUACCCCACUCACAAACUCCGAGUCCAGGGACUACUCCCCCUCUAGGAACCCCAAAGAAGUAGAGGCACGAUAGUCCCCAACAUGGUGAAUUUUAAACUCGCCUGUAUCAUAUAACAACAACAACAACAACAGAAAUCUUUUACAAAAUGCACUGCUGUAAACUUUUUUUUUUAAAUGUAAAAUUUGUAGAAGUUAAGCACAGUUCCAUAAAUAAUGGGGUCAGGGGUUAUAAACUUUCCAACAAGAAGGUUGCUGAGAAUGGGAAUUUAAUAUAUAGGUAUGGACUUUUUUUUCCUUUUUUUUUUUUGUUUCUGUGCUAAAAUGAGUUAAAAUAUCAAGUUUGUACAUUUUUUCCCAAAUGUGAGAAGCAUUUUUAAUGGAUUUGUAUUUUUUUUAAUUUUGUGCUCUUUAUUCACUUAAAGAAAUUUUGCUUUGUUUUUAGUUAAAUUUGCAUUUAAAUGGCCUCAGAUCCUUAAGAAAAAUACCCAGGGUUUCAUAAAAGUAUUAUUUAUGGAAAUACUGUAGUUUCUUACAGUCCACUGUGAGGUUCCCUUACUGAGGCCAAACGAUUACUUAUCUUGGUACUUUGGAACCGAAGUUACAGAUAUAUAUUAAAAUAUUAAUAAUAAUAAUAAUAAUGUACAAAACUUUGUUUUUUGCCUUAUUAUAUUAUGCAGAAAUUUAAGAGGAAUUUUUUUUGACUUCUUGUUUUAAACAAAAAAAAACAAAGACAACAAACUGUAAAUAUUCUGUUAAUAUAAAUGUACACCAAUAUUAAAUUCUUAACAUAGGUAGACUUUAUAAAAAUGGUUUCUAGAACCACGCUGGUUAUUUGUUACCAUGGUUACAACUCAUACUCUUGUCACAGUCAGAAAUUCACACUCAGAAAGCUAAGUGCGGCAUAUAUACUUCAACUAUGCAAGAACUUGGAGGCAGGUCUUAGUGGAUGUUGGGGGGAGGAAGGUUUAAAAAAAAAAAAAACAAAAAACACAAAAAACAAAAACAACCCCAAAAAAACCCAACUCGCAACUAUGGAGACAGAAUGGAAAUGGCAAGUGAACAGGAAGAAGGAUGCUUGUGUUUAACAAAAAAAAAAAAAGAGACUGAAUUUUUUUGUACAAACACAAGGGACAGUUCGCCAAGGAGAGAGAGACAGAGAGAGGGGGAGAGAGAGAGAGACAGAUAUGCUCCUGGAAGGGGAUUUUGGUUUCCUACUUUUCAAGCUGGCAAAAGCAGAUGGAACUGGCACAGUACCAUGUGGCAGACCCUUUCUUUAAUUUUUUUUUUCCUUUUUUCCUCCUUUUUUUGUGUUGUGGGCAGGAUCGCUGGCAAGCAAGGACAAUUUUCUGUGGACCCCUUGUGCUAAUUGUGCAGUGUUCUUAUUGGAAUCUGUAUACAAGACAAAGUAGAAUUUUAGGAGUGCAAAAAAAAAAAA